GGAGCGCUACCCGUCAAGGUUGGGCAGCUGGCGGAUCAUUCUUUACGGGGCUGUCGGGUUUCGAUGCGUGUGUGUUGGUUUCUCAUUUUUCUUAUAAAGGAAAUAAGUAGAUACUGAGCCGUCGGUGGGGGUUAGUUUGAACACUAAGUGUUUGCCAUGGAGAAGAGGAUUUUGUACUGGACGAUUCUGUGUAUGGUGCUGACAGGUGUCGGUGCCAUUGAAGUUACCAUGCCCCAAAGUCAGUAUGAGUUCGCCAGAGGUGACAACAUCACACUGCCCUGCUCCUUUAAAUCUGCAAUUAACAUAAACACUGCCGAAGCAGUUGUCAUCACAUGGACGGCUUUGGCUCUGGAAGCAAAUGUCAAAGAUACCACGAUCCUCACUUACUACUAUCCUAUAAAGAAAACUGGCAUCACACCCCCCUAUAAAGGUCGGGCGUCCCUGGACGUGGAUGUCCUGAAUGGAAAGGCUAACCUAAAGCUUUCCUCCAUCUCACUAGCUGACAACAAAGAGUUUGAGUGUCAUGUGCAGAUCCCAGAUGACGAAGACGGCACCCAAGCUGCCUCCGCACGCUUGGUGGUUCUAGUGGCUCCCUCUACGCCCGACUGUAAGAUCCAGGGAACAGCACAGUACGGCCAGGAUAUCACCCUAAGCUGUUUGUCAGCAGAAGGGUCUCCACCGCCUACCUAUAGCUGGGAACGUCGUAACGUGCAAAAUCAGCCUGUUCCUCAACCCCCCAAAACCACUGACAAGGACGGCAUCCUGUCUCUCUAUAAUAUCUCCAAAGAUACAUCAGGAUACUACAUCUGCACUUCACGGAACAAGAUCCGCUUUGCUACCUGCAACCUCACCCUUGCGGUCAUGCCACCAUCCCUGAACAUUGCUUCCACUCCAGCACUAAUUGGUGCAGUUGUCGGUGGCUUGAUUCUACUCAUCCUCAUCAUCAUCAUCUGUUGCUGCUGUUGCAGGAAGAAGAACAAAGAUGAGGAAUAUGAAAUGGGAGUUCAUGAGGGGGAGGAGUACCACGACAAGGAGCCGGAUAGAAACGGUGAGGGCCGACGUGUUGAAGUCCAGGGGAAGGACAGUUAUGAGGACUCGAGUGUAAAGAAGACUGAACGCAAUGAGGAAAGAAGUGAUCCGGAUCGCCGCGACUACGACGACCGCCGCAGCGACUACGACGACCGUCGUGAGCGCUACGAUGAUGAUCGCCGCUACCAAGACCGUCGUCGUGAUGACAACCGCUACGAUGAUCGGGACCGUGAUAGACCACCGGUGCCCAACAGUAAGCCCACAAGGAGGGACUACCAUGACUAAAGCCUCCAACCUGUAAACAAGUUUCUGUUGUUGUUGUUUUUUUCUUACAUACAACCAGAUUAUCAAAUGGUGGCCUAGCUGUUACAUAAUGGAUUGCCAGGAAACUGCAAAAUUAGAGCUGAAAGAAUAAUAUGUAAUAAUUUGUUUGGGAGGAAUAGUUUUGUGUCUUAGAUUUUUAGGUCUUUUAAAGUAAUUUUUCAGAUUUUAUAUAUCUGAUAUAUUUGUCCUAUGUUACUUUUUGUGUGUCGUACAGUCAGGGAACAGUGAAACGCUUGUCUCUCUGUGUACUGCCCGUUUUAUGUGUAAAUAAAGAAUUUAUUUCUACUGUGUGACACGUUUUAAGUUUUUGUCUGUAAUAUUUCCGUGCAUGCGUCAUGUUUCCUGUGAAUUGCGGGAGUUUGAAUGGUCUGGUAAUAUACUGAUGUGUCAUGGCUUGACACACAAACACAGGCAAAACAUGCUGUCAAAAGUGUUAUUGUUGCUUAAGUUUUCAGUUAAUCAAAUACAUUUUGUCUCUCUUGCUGUUCACAAUACAAUUUAAUGUAACUUCUUUAUUAGCAUCGCUGGGGGUAGUUUUCUUUUUCCAACCCAAAGAGUUAUUAGCAAUUACUUAAAUGUUUUUGUUGUAUAGACUCAGAACAUUUACUUUUAAUUUUCUAUUGAGUGCUUUCAGUUUCUGUAUCUUUAAAAAAAUAAAAUAAAAUCACAAAAUGUGGAACUA